AUGAAUUGUGAUAUAGAAUCUCAAUUUUGUUUGACGGUAUCAAUUCCUAAUGUUUACUUUGAGUCAGGAAAAAUUUAUGCGUCAUUUCGUAUGGAAGCACCGUCAACGGUUGGUUGGAUGGCAUUUGGAAUUGGAAAGAAUAUGGUUGGAAGUUAUAUGGUGAUGGCAUGGCCUCGUGCAAAUGGCGGUGCUAUAAUUUCACAACGUAUUGCCAAAGGACAUGAAGUUCCAAUUGUGACUGAGCAUCAAGAUGAUAUAACAUUAGAUCCAUCAAGUGGUAUUCAAAGUAAUAAAUUUGUGGUACUUUUCAAACGUCCAUUAUCCGUCAACGGUUCUUUAAUCACCACAGACACAACCAAUUAUAUCUGGGCCAUUCAUGAUGCUGAACGACCUGAUGAAGAUCCAAACACCAUGAAAAUUGAAAGACAUAAUGCGAUUGGUAAAUUUGAUAUUACCAUAGACACGCCUAUUCCAUAUGAUCCCACCACUACUGCUACAACUGAUACAAUAACUGAGGCCACUUCAUAUGAUACUUUUAUUUUCAUUCAUGGUUUAACUAUGUUUGCUUCUUGGGGUUUUGUUGUUCCUGGUGGUGUUUUUAUUUCUCGCUUUGCAAGAAACAUUUUACCAAAACGUUGGUUUGCUCUUCAUUGGAGUAUUCAAACUUUUGGUGCUCUACCAUUAUCAAUCACUGGUAUAAUAAUGGCAUAUCUUGCCGGUGUAAAAUUUAAUAUUGAAAGUAGACAUCAUGCUAUUGGUGCCAUUUUAACAUGUUGUUUGUUUAUUCAACUUUUAAUUGGAGCAAUUCAUCAUCAUUUAUAUAGUCCAGAACGUAAAUAUACUCCUUGGUGGACGAAAGUUCAUUGGUGGUUUGGAAGAUCUAUUAUUAUUCUUGCAUUUAUACAAAUCCCUAUUGGUCUUAAUAUUUUUAAUGUCGCUAAAGCGUACAUUGUUGGCUAUUACAUUUAUACAACGGUUAUAAUUGUUGCAUAUGUUACAUUGUCGAUUGUUUUCUUGAGAAAGGGAGAAAAUAAAAUUGGAAGUUCAACUGUCUCAUACACAGAAGUCCGUCAAGAUGAUGCUGAUUUUAAGAGUAAGUAA